AUGCAGUUCGCACUUAUCUUCCGCGGCAUCACUGCAUCUCCCUGCGCUGCCCGCCAGCAUCACUGCAUCUCCCUGCGCUGCCCACCAGCAUCACUGCAUCUCCCCGCGCUGCCCGCCAGCAUCACUGCAUCUCCCUGCGCUUCCCGCCAGCAUCACUGCAUCUCCCUGCGCUGCCCGCCAGCAUCACUGCAUCUCCCCGCGCUGCCCACCAGCAUCACUGCAUCUCCCCGCGCUGCCCGCCAGCAUCACUGCAUCUCCCUGCGCUGCCCGCCAGCAUCACUGCAUCUCCCUGCGCUUCCCGCCAGCAUCACUGCAUCUCCCUGCGCUGCCCGCCAGCAUCACUGCAUCUCCCCGCGCUGCCCGCCAGCAUCACUGCAUCUCCCUGCGCUGCCCGCCAGCAUCUCUGCAUCUCCCCGCGCUGCCCGCCAGCAUCACUGCAUCUACCUGCGCUGCCCGCCAGCAUCACUGCAUCUCCCUGCGCUGCCCGCCAGCAUCACUGCAUCUCCCUGCGCUGCCCGCCAGCAUCACUGCAUCUCCCUGCGCUGCCCGCCAGCAUCACUGCAUCUCCCUGCGCUGCCCGCCAGCAUCACUGCAUCUCCCUGCGCUGCCCGCCAGCAUCUCUGCAUCUCCCCGCGCUGCCCGCCAGCAUCUCUGCAUCUCCCUGCGCUGCCCGCCAGCAUCUCUGCAUCUCCCUGCGCUGCCCGCCAGCAUCACUGCAUCUCCCUGCGCUGCCCGCCAGCAUCACUGCAUCUCCCUGCGCUGCCCGCCAGCAUCUCUGCAUCUCCCCGCGCUGCCCGCCAGCAUCACUGCAUCUCCCUGCGCUGCCCGCCAGCAUCUCUGCAUCUCCCUGCGCUGCCCGCCAGCAUCACUGCAUCUCCCUGCGCUGCCCGCCAGCAUCACUGCAUCUCCCUGCGCUGCCCGCCAGCAUCUCUGCAUCUCCCCGCGCUGCCCGCCAGCAUCACUGCAUCUCCCUGCGCUGCCCGCCAGCAUCACUGCAUCUCCCUGCGCUGCCCGCCAGCAUCACUGCAUCUCCCUGCGCUGCCCGCCAGCAUCACUGCAUCUCCCUGCGCUGCCCGCCAGCAUCACUGCAUCUCCCUGCGCUGCCCGCCAGCAUCACUGCAUCUCCCUGCGCUGCCCGCCAGCAUCUCUGCAUCUCCCUGCGCUGCCCGCCAGCAUCACUGCAUCUCCCUGCGCUGCCCGCCAGCAUCUCUGCAUCUCCCUGCGCUGCCCGCCAGCAUCACUGCAUCUCCCUGCGCUGCCCGCCAGUAUCACUGCAUCUCCCUGCGCUGCCCGCCAGCAUCUCUGCAUCUCCCCGCGCUGCCCGCCAGUAUCACUGCAUCUCCCUGCGCUGCCCGCCAGCAUCACUGCAUCUCCCUGCGCUGCCCGCCAGCAUCUCUGCAUCUCCCCGCGCUGCCCGCCAGCAUCUCUGCAUCUCCCUGCGCUGCCCGCCAGCAUCUCUGCAUCUCCCUGCGCUGCCCGCCAGCAUCACUGCAUCUCCCUGCGCUGCCCGCCAGCAUCACUGCAUCUCCCUGCGCUGCCCGCCAGCAUCUCUGCAUCUCCCCGCGCUGCCCGCCAGCAUCACUGCAUCUCCCUGCGCUGCCCGCCAGCAUCUCUGCAUCUCCCUGCGCUGCCCGCCAGCAUCACUGCAUCUCCCUGCGCUGCCCGCCAGCAUCACUGCAUCUCCCUGCGCUGCCCGCCAGCAUCUCUGCAUCUCCCCGCGCUGCCCGCCAGCAUCACUGCAUCUCCCUGCGCUGCCCGCCAGCAUCACUGCAUCUCCCUGCGCUGCCCGCCAGCAUCACUGCAUCUCCCUGCGCUGCCCGCCAGCAUCACUGCAUCUCCCUGCGCUGCCCGCCAGAACACUGA